AUUAUCGCUUCCUUUCGAGAAGCAAUGUUUGACUGUAAUGAACCUUGAAGAUUUUGAAAGGAAAUUGGAGAAGACUAUAGAAGCUGGUGAUUUCGACGAAAUAACAGACCUCGUUACACCUUAUAACCUGAUGAAGUGCAAAACAAACACCUUAGAAAAGUCCCUGGAGGUUAGUCACAAGCUCAAGUCUUUAGCCGAUAGGGGUGGACCUGACUCUGAUGACUUUGAUAGUCUGGCAAACACAGUCGAAGAUUUUGCAAUUGAGCUUCUUGAGCCUUUGAAACGCGAUGACAUGAGRAGAGCUAUAUUUGAAGGAGAAAGCUUUGACCGAAUUGCUGAAAAAAUCGUGGUCUUUCGUCAGAAAAAGUUCGUGUCUCAUCCCGUUGUAUACAAUCUUCUAAUGAAACGAUGGGCRGGAAURUUUUAUCAUCUGAGAUACAGCUCUUUGGUAUCCUUGAACUGGUGCAAAUGGUUUUUAUUGAAYCUUUGGACCGUCUUUGACCUGKUUCUCUUUCCGUUUGCGUUUACGAUUCUGUAUGUUAUUCAUCGGAUCAAAGGAAUUGUGAAACACCGGCAAGAUCACGGCGUUGUACUGAUACUUAAUUCUACCUGGAAAAAAAAAAAAUUUCCAGAGAAUGCGGAAUUUGAGCAGCGACAUAUUGGUAAAUGUGAUCAAAAUCGCAUCAAGUUCGCUUCUAUCUUGCGUCACGAAGAUGGCAUUAUAACUAAUACCUUUAUGACCAAAGACAAGGCCAGUGCUGCAUUAAAGAAUAAAACGUGCAAAAUAGAAACAGAUAACAACACAUUGCAGUCAUGCUUGAAGAAUGGAAAAGAGAUGCUUGAAAAAUUCAAAGCGGGAAAUUCAAAUAAGACAUUGGUUUUAAUGACAGACGACAUAUUUGGUGAUUCGUUCAAGGCAUGUCUUCGGGAAGCUCAGCGAGUGAAGGGCAUUGGAUUCAGAUUGUUUUGUGUCGGCUUAGGUGUUCAUCUUGAUGUAAAACAACUGGAAUCCAURGCAACGGAUGGAAAGGCUCUUCUUUACCAUGGUGAUAUUAAGCAAGAAGAUGUCUGUCAAAAGUUCCUUCAGGGUAUACAUGGACAAGAUACCUACGACCGAUAUCUGGAGUAUUUCCAAACGCCCUACUUCAUCUUCGUGCGUGACACCUUGAGCUACCUUGCGUUACUUGUUCUUCAUUGUAUCAUGUGCCUGGAGCCAUCGACUCGUCGUUUCAUAACGGUUGAAUGGGCUAYCCUUCUCUUCUUCCUUGGACGACUGUCGAUGGAAAUAUAUCAGGCAGUCAUGGAGAAACAAUUGGGUAAUGAAAUUCAAAACACCUCAUUGGAGCCAAUGAAAAACCUACCAGAGAAGAGUGAACACUCUUCAGAAAACACUUACCUGAUAAAAGAAAACCCUGAGGAAAGCGAUGAAGAAGGAGAAAGAGUAAAAAUAAUCCAACCAACCAAGCCGAGAAGAAGAUCGAUAUGCCCAGUUUUGUUCAGAAUAUUUUCCAGAUAUUUCAGUGACUGGUGGAAUGUYCUCGAUUUGAUUACACUGCUYGUAUACAUUGUUAUCCUUAUCUUACGAUYRAUAACAUGGGCCRAAGACCGCCCAGUUUCCAGGAACCGCUUGUUGGCAGUUUCAGGGUACCUUUACGGKCUUGAUACCAUGUUCCUCACUCUCAGAGUAUUUGGUCACAUCAUGGAAUCUAAAAAGUACACAGGGUCAAUCCAAAUUGCUCUCUUUCAAAUCAUCGGUGCUGUAGUGGCAAUCUUUGGACAGUUUCUGGCAGCAGUAUUGGCAUUUUCUCUUGCCAUUACCAAAGUGUACGUGGCAGAAAUGUCUUACACCACUGGAAUAAAAGCUACUUCACAUGGGUUCUGUGAAAACCGAAAGGGUGGUAUAGCAUGCUGGUCGAGCUCUGCAACACAUCUCCUAUGGUCUCUUCUUGGCAUUCCUGAGAUUGACCCUCUCCAGUCAACCGAUGGUCCAUCUAAUGUGCUUGCUAAAUUACUGUAUGGUGCAUUCCUAAUAAUGGCUGUAGUAAUGAUGAUGAACAUGAUGAUAGCUCUACUAUCAAACACUUACCAAAAAGUUGAGGAUAAUGCAUUUUAUGAAUGGUCGUACAGGAAAGCAACAACAAUAARGACCUAUGUUAACUAYCAUCCUGUCCCUGUACCGUUCAAUAUCAUCUCUCUCACGUGUUUAUUCAUCUGUCACAUAUAUCAAAUAUUCUGGUGUAAAACAUGCUGCCAGAAAGACAAUUCAAAGUCUUCAAAGACUGAAAACAAGGUAAAAGACGAAGACAAUGGUUCAUUUUUCGACUGCCUUGUUUACGACCUUCAAGCUGACUAUCUCGCUGCCCAUGGUUAUGAAUUCCCAAUGACAGAAUGCAGUAAGAUGGACUUGCUGAUGAAGGAAACAGAGGGAAGCCACCAGUUGAUUGGCCACAUCGCCAGCCAAGUGUAUAAAUAUAGUAAAAAAGAAAAUAUGAUGCUGCAAGAGAAAUUCGGGCAUCGACCCUACAUUUGGGACACAGCUGGUGUCGAUGUAAAAGGUCAUCAGUUGACGUAUGUAAGUGGACCAUGCACGUGUUUCCAGUGCUUCACGAAAUCCCCGGAAGAACCACCAAAGCACCAUGGUGCCCAGUUCCAACUACCACUUUCCAAGGAAUGUCCAGGGUUUGAG